AUGCACACUGGACGUUUUUACAGCUGCUUUUUUUGUCUUUUGCUGUUUUUUUUUUUCUACAGCCAGUGAACUCCCCAGCAUGUUAUCCUAUGUGUCCAUGCACACAUAGACUGUCAUCAACGUUUUUUGGCUGGAAAAAAAAACCCACCAGAACUAGUGGGUUUCUAGAGAGUUUUUUAGUUGUAAACAUGCUCUAAUGCUGAAAAAUGCGGUAAAUCGCAGCAAACCAGCAUUUUCUGACUUUUGUUACUAAAAAAA